UGCAUGCACGUGGUUUUCACGAUUUUUCAUUAAAAAAAAACAAUCGUGUCCCACGCGUUUUUGUCAUAAUCCGUGCCAACGUAUACAUAAUUAAAAUUCAUUAAUGGAACAAAAAUUUAGGGCAGAUGAAAAUGAACUUGCUGCGGUCAUUAAAGCGGCUAAUUUUGCCGCAAUUAAACACAAAAAUCAAAAACGAAAAGAUAUAGAAGAAACACCUUACAUUAACCAUCCCAUAGGUGUUGCCAAUAUUUUAUCAAUGGAAGGUGGUGUUUAUGAUGCAACUGUUCUGCAGGCUGCACUAUUACAUGAUACUGUAGAAGAUACAGAAACAACAUUUGAAGAAAUUGAAGAGUUGUUUGGGAAAAGAGUAAGAGAGAUAGUCUCUGAAGUUACUGACGAUAAAUCUCAACCUAAAGCAGUUCGAAAAGCCCUUCAAGUCACACAUGCGCCAACACGAUCGCAUGAGGCCAAAUUAGUGAAGCUUGCUGAUAAGCUUUAUAAUUUACGUGAUCUUAAUAGAUCAACGCCCAAAGGAUGGAGCGCAGAGCGAGUAACUGAAUACUUUCUAUGGGCUGCUGAAGUAGUAAAGCAUCUUAAAGGUACUAAUGAAGCGCUGGAAGAAAAGUUGAAAGUUAUUUUCAAUGAAAAGGGAAUAAAUAUCUUUUAAAAAA